AGUAAACUGAAUGUCAGGGUCAAUCUGAAAAAACAGGAACCUGACGAUGGAGUCUUAUCUGAGUGUGUUCAUUAUAUAGUUCAGCAACAUACGAAAUAAGAAAAUGAGUGAUACGAUACUCCUAUACGUUAUUAUAAACAUCUUGCCUUUAUCCAAAAUGCCUGAUCCAUCUGGCUAGAGAUUUAUUGAUUGCGAUCUAAAAAUUCUAAGCCUCUGAGGAAGAGGGGUCAAACCUGUUUUGCAAACAGCAUUUUUAUGAAUUAUGGAAGGAGUAUUGUACAAGUGGACAAACUACAUUACCGGUUGGCAGCCACGCUGGUUUGUGCUGGAUAAUGGAAUACUUUCGUAUUAUGAUUCUGAAGAUGAUGUUUGCAAAGGCAGUAAAGGGAGUAUCAAGAUGUCUGUGUGUGAAAUUAAAGUUCACCCAGCAGACAAUUCCAGAAUGGAGCUGAUUAUUCCUGGGGAACAGCACUUCUACGUGAAAGCGGUCAAUGCUGCUGAAAGACAGAGGUGGCUUGUGGCCCUAGGAAGUUCAAAAGCAUGUUUGACUGACACCAGAACAAAAAAAGAAAAAGAAAUUAAGGAAACCACUGAGUCUCUGAAAACGAAGAUGUCUGAACUGCGAUUAUACUGUGAUUUGUUGAUGCAGCAGGUCCACACGAUACAGGAAUCGGUAAAUCAGGAGGCAAACCACACAUCGCCCAGCACUGAGAACAUGAAUGAAGCCUCCUCUCUACUGAGUGCCACCUGCAAUACUUUUAUUACAACACUUGAAGAGUGCAUGAUGAUAGCAAAUGCCAAGUUCAAGCCAGAAAUGUUCAAGUUAUCUCAUCCUGAUUCUGUUGUCUCUCCAGUUUCACCAUCCCCUGUACAAAUGGUUCAGAUGAAACGCUCUGUGAGCCAUCCUGGUAGCUACAGUUUUGAAAGGACAAGCCACUCACCAAAGGAAUCAAUAUCUUCACUUCAGCGAUUAUCGCAGAGACGAACCAGGACUUAUUCUGACACGGAAUCACACAGUGAUAGCUGCACUGAAGAUGCGGACAGGACUGCACAGUGUUCAAAUAACUUUGUCAAUGGAGAUUUUGCACCAACGACUAUCCCAGAGGAAACCAGCACUGCUCCAAGGAAAAUAUCAGUCACUCCUGUUCCAAUGCUAUCAUCCUGAAACUAAUGGGAACCUUUCAUGAACUUUUUACUCACAAACUGCUAUGCAAUCUCAGCUGGCAUUGCAGUACUUGCAUAAUGGGAAGUACUGUAUUAUUUCACUUCGAAGAAUUUCUUUGCACUUUAAAAGAGUAAUGUAAAAGCGUAAACUUGCAGACUAAUUGGUUUUGAGUUUUUUAGAAAAUCACCCAAUUAACAUGAGGGAACGUAAAUGUGAAUUUCUACAAUGGUAUUAUGUGUUCAGUCAAGAGGACACACGUGCAGAUCCUGUGUUUUGGAAAAUAACAUUGAUAAAAAGGUUUGAUAAAUGUGCCAAGGACCAAUAAAUAAUAACACGGUAAGGUUAUUUUAUUUGGUUGUUAGUUUUUAUUUAUUUAUUGUGAGGAGAGUGCUCUAAAUAUUAUAAUGACCUUUGCAAGUGAGGCCUUAAAGCAUUCUUAUUUAGAAAAGUUUUUUUUUUUUUUUUUUUUUUUUUUUUUAAGUUCCAGUGCAAUAAUGUUGUUACUGUGUUAAUCGCCAUAAUUCACAAAAUUACAUUUUAAAAUUCUAAUGUGUCACUACUGUCAACCAGCUGGAAAGGACAGGAUGUUUUGUUAAUACCAUACACUGCUGUGUUUUCGUAUUGGAAUGUAGCAUGGUGCACUAGUUUGGUAAUGUAUUGUCAUACACAUCUAAAGGAAGGAUGUUUCCAGUGUUAAGAAAAUAAAUACAUAUAAAACAUUGUAAUACUGUACAUUAGAUUUCAAUUUUCAUCAUUCAUUAAAACUUUUAUUUAACAGGGUUGUACAGUAUUUUCUCUACAUUUCUGCCUGGAUAUCCCAUACUAAAGCAGACACAUAAACAAUAGAACAGAAAUUUCAACAACGCUGGUUACUGUACGUUGUGCAGCAACUCAACAACAAAUGGACUCCCUCUUUUAUUUUGCCUUAAUUCAAGUGUAACAGAACAAAAGGAAUCAAACUCAAGCUUAGAUGCAAAAAGGUGCUAAAUUAGCUUUUUUUUACUUUUAAUUGCACAAAUUCAGAAAGAAAAAAUAAACUUUACCAUGUAAAAGUCUGUCAAAUGAGAAGCCCUGUUAGCUAUUACUUUUCUUUUUUAUAGUACUAGGAACAUGUUUACAGUAUUUCAAUUAUUUCACAUUAGUUACAUGUAUACUGAACAUCUAACCUUUUUUUUUUUUAAAAGCA